CACAUUUGCACCCUCCUCCCAUUUACCCCUCUUCCCAAACAGAGUGUUGGGGUUUUCCAUCUCGCAUCGGGCGUCCCCUUGAUCCGUCCUUCCCUCUCCGAUUCUUCUGUAACCGAAGGAAGGAUACGGACGGGGUACAAUUGUGCAGGGGCGUGAAGGCCGUAGGUGAUAUCAGUUCUGUGAUUGAAGGACCUCAAUUCUAGCUUCUCCUGCUGCUGAUGAGGAUUUAUAGCCCUCGGACACCUUAAUCAGCCUGGAAAUGCUUGUGCUGGAGCUUCCAUUGAACUGUUACUGUUGAGCCUCACUUUUUCUUAUUGAUCUCUUCAGUCCUCCUGUGUGGACGUUUGCGUUGGUUUCUUCCGACUCCCUGGCUGCUUGCAAGUAGAGAGCUUUAAGUUCUAAUGGCUAAUCCACAGCAACCUUCCCGAGGGUAUUCUGUUGGGAAUGGGAUCAGUCCCUCCAACCCUGAAACAUCAAUCGCUACACCUGAUACAAGUCGUAUAAUUUCUUCUGCUCAAGUAUUAAAUGGGCCUCCCAGAUUUCCUCCCCCCAAGGUGCAACACCAUCACCUUUCCCCUUCCGUGAAAACCCCAACCUUGAUGUCACCGGCAAAUGGGGUUUCAACUGGAAGCCCAAUUCCUCACUUGAGCACUCCACCUGGCCCUCCGGUCUUCGUUUCACCUCUUCGGCCUGCUGCAGUACCUUUCCGGACUUCCCCAUCAACUCCUCAACCAGUUGCACUCUCAUCAGGAUCAUCCCUGCCCACUUCAUCUCCUCCCAAUUUCUCAAAUGGCUCACCUCUGUUGGAUCCCCAGCUUCCCCAACCUCAAGCAACAAAGGAGAACUCUUCUAUUGAGGAAUCACCAUGUGUGUUAUUCUCGGCAACUUUGGUUUUGAAGCAGAAAAAACUCUCAAAUGCUGCAAGUUUGGGUUUUGGGGCUUUGAUUUCCCCUGGGCGAGAGAUCUUACAAGGUCCCCAAAUUAUACAACGUGUGGCCCAUCGUUGCCAAAACUGCGGAGCUUAUGCUAAUCUGUAUUGCAAGAUAUUACUCGGUUCGGGCCAGUGGCAAUGUGUGAUUUGCAUGUCAUUAAAUGGAAGUGACAGGGAAUAUGUAGCACCAAGCAAAGAAGAUCUGCGCAACCUUGCUGAACUUUCGUCUCCAAUUGUUGAUUAUGUUCAACCUGGGAAUAAGAGACCUGGUUUCAUUCCAGUUUCUGACUCUAGAAUGUCUGCGCCCGUCGUUCUUGUGAUUGAUGAGGGCUUGGAUGAGCCACACCUGCAGCAUUUACAAAGCUCCUUACAUGCAUUUGUUGAUUCUCUUCCUCCUACAUCAAGAAUAGGAAUCAUAACGUAUGGCCGCGUAGUAUCAGUUUAUGAUUUUUCAGAGGAGUCAUUUGCUUCCAGGAGAUAAAUCACCCAAUCCGGAAUCCUUGAAAGGAUUAAUCUACGGGACUGGUGUGUAUUUGUCACAAAUGCAUGCUUCAAAUGAAGCAGCACAUAGAAUAUUCUCGUCAUUGAGAUCAUUCAAGUUGGACAUCGCAGAAGCUUCAAGGGAACGUUGCCUGGGUGCUGCCGUUGAAAUAGCUCUAGCUAUAAUUCAGGGUCCAUCGGCAGAGAUGUCCCGGGGUGUAGUCAAGUGGCCAGGGGUUAAUACCAGGAUAAUUGUAUGCGCUGGUGGACCUAACACCUAUGGCCCUGGAUCUGUUCCUCACUCCUUUGGGCACCCAAACUAUGCACACCUUGAAAGUACAGCCUUCAAAUGGAUGGAACAUCUGGGCCGUGAAGCUCAAAGGCACAAUACCGUUGUUGAUAUUCUAUGUGCAGGAACUUGCCCAGUUAGGGUUCCAGUUCUGCAGCCUCUUGCUAAAUCUUCUGGCGGUGUUCUGGUUCUUCAUGACGACUUUGGUGAAGCCUUUGGUGUGAACUUGCAAAGAGCAGCUUCCAGGGCAUCAGGUUCUCAUGGUCUUCUGGAGAUUCGAUGUUCUGAUGAUAUCCUUGUUACACAAGUCAUCGGUCCUGGGGAAGAGGCAGAACAUGAAGACAUCAGUGAAUUUAAGAGUGAUACUUCUCUUUCUAUUCAGAUGUCAAGUGUUGAAGAAUCUCAGUGCUUUGCAUUGUCAAUGGAAAAUAAAGGCGACAUCAAGAGUGAUAGUGUGUAUUUCCAGUUCGUCAUACAAUUUUCAAAUGUUUAUCAAGCAGAUGUGUCGAGGGUCAUAACAAUUAGACUAGCUACUACAGACAGUGUUUCAGCAUAUCUUGACAGUGUCCAUGAUGAAGUGGCUGCUAUACUGAUUGCUAAGAGGACUCUGUUGCGAGCCAAAAACUCUGCCUAUGCAAUUGAUAUGCGGGCAUCAGUAGAUGAGCGUAUCAAGGAUGUCGCUCUGAGAUUUGGUGCUCCAGUGCCUAAGUCAAAACUUCGAAGAUUCCCCAAGGAACUCUCCUUGUUGCCUGAGCUCCUUUUUCAUCUCAGAAGAGGGCCGUUGUUGGGAAGCAUUGUUGGCCAUGAGGAUGAACGCUCUGUGUUGAGGAACUUGUUUCUGAAUGCAUCUUUUGACCUUUCACUCCGUAUGGUAGCACCGCGAUGUCUCAUGCACCGAGAAGGAGGCACUUUUGCGGAGUUGCCAGCCUAUGACCUCGCAAUGCAAUCUGACACAGCUGCUGUUCUUGAUCACGGCACUGAUAUCUUCAUUUGGUUGGGUGCAGAACUAGCUGUGGAUGACGGUAGAAGUGCAGCAGCAUUAGCAGCUUGCAGAACGUUGGCUGAAGAGCUCACUGAAUCACGCUUUCCAGCUCCUAGGAUUCUUGCUUUCAAGGAAGGGAGCUCCCAGGCACGAUAUUUUGUCUCACGACUGAUACCAGCAUACAAAGAUCCUCCUUAUGAACAGGAAGCAAGAUUCCCGCAGCUUCAGACUUUGACAAUGGAACAGCGGAUAAAGCUGAAAAGCAGCUUUCUGCACUUUUAUGAUCCCAGUUUCUGUGAAUGGAUACGAAGCUUAAAAGUUGUGCCACCAGAACCAAGCUAAACUAAGGGAGGUCUGGAAAACCAACACCAAUUUUUUGCAGAAUUUGUAACCUCGAAAAGAAGGGAAGGCUCAAGGGAUGCAUGGGAUUGCUACGUUCCUGCUUGAGCUGAUUCACCUGGACAACAUUGAAUAGAGAUUUGGCUAUAUCUCAAAUGGAAACGCCACCAAAGUCACUUUGGGUUUUCGUUUUGUAGUGUCCAAAGGGUUUUACAUGUGCAACUAUUUUGUGAUGGGGGCAAAGUGAGAUGGAGACGUUUACUUCUGCUAACCGAAAAUUUGUGGGACUGCCUGAAGUAGGGGUGGGCAAUGGGCGGGUUGGGUGGGUUUUGGUCUCA